AUGCUCAUAGAAGCCAUCUGUGAGCAGUCUGGGUACAACGGGGACGAUGAAGGGGAGGUCCGGGACCCGAAGAAUCCGGACAUUGUGUUUCUGGACCAGGAGACACGCUUGUCGCUCCUUGUGAAGGUGGACAACAUUGUCCGUAAUCUCAAUGGCAAGGUAGAUUUUGCUGUUUGGCACGAGGGGGACAAAAACGGCAUGGGGACCAACCUUGUUGCUCUAGAGGCAAAGAGGCUUGGGGAUGAAUGCCUUUGUUAUAUGAACGUAUCUCAGCAGAGAGCUGAAUUGGGCUGGCGACAGCGAGACCAUAUGGGGCUUAAUCACCCAUGUGGUCGAGCAGGCGCGGGUCCUGCGCCCAUGAGGACCCCCGUGGUUACGAAGGAGCGGUGCAGAACCCCGAAAGAAAAAUGGUUUGGGAAGCAGAAGAGAAAGUCGACAGAGUUCGAAGAUCACAGAGCCAAAGACAGGGACCUCUGGGCGGAGGUUGGAAGGGUUGCGAAGACUGCGCGUGAAACAGCAAAAAGGACUGCUGACUGGGACAAGAGGGGCCUCCGUGAACUGGACGAGGAUAUCCUUGAGAAGCCCAAGUUGCUCGAUACAUGGACGACGACAUGA